AUGAGAGCAGCACUCACCUCCUCUUCGGACCUUCGCAUCCAAAACUGGUCUUCUAUACGUAUAGACACGACCGUUAGAAGUUUCAGUCCGGGGGGCAGGUCAGUGUGGAGCCGCGGGUCUGUGUGGAGCCGCCGGUCAGUGUGGAGCAGCCGGGUCAGUGUGGAGCAGCCGGGUCAGUCGUGUGGUGGGCAGCAGCGGGUCAGUGUGGUGGGCAGCAGCGGGUCAGUGUGGUGGGCAGCAGCGGGUCAGUGUGGUGGGCAGCAGGCGGUGUCAGUGUGGUGGGCAGCAGCCGGGCGGUGA